UUGUGGUUGCUAAGGGAAACCAGCCGUAGCGAGAGAGUGCUGGGCUUAGUGAAGGUUUGUUGUAUUAUUAUUAUAUUUGUAUAGCAAAAUGACGGAUACAGCAGACCAAGAAAAUGCAGAAGAUCAAGAAAAUUUAGAAGAAGAACCUGUAAUACCGAAUACGUAUAUGCUGAGGCCUAAUUUUUUGCAGAAAUUUCGGCAAGCAACUGUGAAAGAAACCAUCCACAUUGUUCUGACAGAAGAGCUUGCAGAUAAGCAAUAUGAUUCUGAAGAAUGCUCAGAGUGGUGCAAGAACAUUAGUUCAGAAAUAAAAAAGCGAUUAAAAGAUUUAGAUUUAGACCGAUAUAAAUUCAUAGUACAAGUUGUCAUCGGAGAGCAAAGAGGAGAGGGUGUCAAAAUGGGCUGCAGGUGUUUCUGGGAUUCUGAUACUGACAAUUAUGCACAAGAUAUUUUUAUGAAUGAGAGUUUAUUCUGUGUAGCUGCAGCUUUUGGUGUUUUCUAUUACUGAACAGUUGACGAUUACUGUACCAGUGCUGAGGCAUGCAAAGCAUGUAGCUGUUGGUCAACAUAGGAUUCAGAGUAUCAUAAUGUAAUAGCCAAUCGGUCUGAUUGGUCCAAAGAGAAUGAUGCUAUUAUGGUCAUACUGUACUGUAUGAUAAAUAUUGGAAUUUGAAAUUGUAUUAUAUAAAUAUUCUUGUACAUAGAUAUUAUACAGUUAACACUUAAGGGCCGUUCACACUAUCAAGUGCUACGUGACAUACGGUAUUUGCGUAAUUUUGCCCAUAUAUGUGAAUGGUGAUGUCAUUACACCCAUAUAUGGCAUAUGUUUUUCAUAUAAGACAUUAUUCAGACAGCCAUUCUGAGUACAAUAACUCUGAUCUUUAAAAAUGUACUUCAACAUUUAAUUGAAUUUCUUAACCUGAAUAUUGUAGUGGAUAAAUAUUAAUUAGUCUUUAAUUGAAAAUUUUGAACUUGGAAAUAAUAUCAAUAAUUAUCAUGUGCAUAUGGUAUGUAAUUCUUUGCCUAUAUAUAUAGUGACUUUUAGUCUUGUAUUUGGCUAAUUCUUUGUUUUUUUAUUUAGGCACACAGAACAUACACCAAGCGUAGUCAAAAAAAGCUCCUGUACGGGUAUUCUUUUUAUAGGACAUUAAAUUAGUUGAUAAACUGUGGUGUAAUAUUGAAGAACCUAAAAAAUAAAUAACAAAAUUAUAAUGCUCUUUCAAAUGUAUUAAAGAUGUUCUUGGAAAAAUCGUAUCUAUAGUAAAUGAGAUUUUAUACUGAAUUACAAUUAGCAAUUUUAAUGAUGGUUUGUUACAGCAUGGUUACAGUCAACAGCUUUUACUUUAAAUUGUAUAAUAAACAUCCAGCCUCUGGAUACAAAUUGGA